UAAAGUGGUCCGACUGCCGCUGAUAAGGAAAUUCUUAUAAAGAGUAGUAGAAACCUAUAAAACGAUCUUCCUCAUUUUAUUUUUCUCCGCUAAGGUAAAGUUAGUAACGAAUUGUCUUGGUGCCGUCACCAGGUUUCAUCGUUAUCUCUUCUAACAAUUCGCGAAGAUUUAAAAAAGAUGGACGAGGCACGCACCAAGCAAUGGCCGCAAUACUUGGCGGCGAUAACCGCGACUAUUUCAUUGGCGAUAACCGGAUCUCACAUCGGGUGGACCUCACCAUCUCUUCCAUUUUUAAAAAGUUCGGACUCUCACGUUCCCCUGAAUUCCGACGAAGCCUCAUGGGUGGCAUCGUUUUACUUGCUCGGUAGCGUUCCGGGGAAUAUUUUGGCCGUUUUUCUAGUCGAUAGAUACGGUCGUAAGCACAGUCUUCUGGCUUCGGGAGUACCGUUGUUCGCAGGAUGGUUGUUGAUCAUAUUCGCGACGAACCCUUACGUUCUUUACGCGUCGAGAUUCACCAGCGGAAUCGGCCAAGGAAUCGCUUACGUCGUUUGUCCGAUGUACAUAGGAGAGAUAGCCGACGCUAAUAUAAGGGGUGCUCUCGGUUCCUUCAUAAAAAUGAUGGUCACUUUCGGAGAAUUGUACGCGCGAGCCAUCGGUCCGUUUGUCAGGUACGAAAUACUGGCCUAUUCCUGCGGGAUAAUUCCCAUUAUAUUUUUCCUGACGUUUAUCUGGAUGCCGGAAUCGCCGUAUUUUUACCUGAUGCACGAGAGACGAGAAAAAGCCAAGGAAAGUCUGGCGCAGUUGAGACUUUACACGUCCAACGACGAUCUCGAAGGAGAUCUCGAAGAAAUGAACGACGUAGUGAUACAGGAUUUAUCGAACCGAGGAAACGCCUGGCAAUUAUUCUCAACACCCGGCAACAGAAGGGCGGUUGUAAUAAGUUUCGGACUCCAAUUGGUGCUUCAAUUCAGCGGUAUAUGCGCCAUAGAGUCUUACACUCAGGAGAUAUUCGAGGGUAGCGAUUCCCCAAUCCCAUCUGCAAUAGCUGUAAUAAUACUUGGAGUUUUUCAACUCGCUGCCGGAGUAGCCGCGGCUGUUUUAGUCGACAAAAUGGGUCGGCGACCUCUUUUACUACUGACGUCGAUAGCGGCUGGCACAACUCUAGCUGUAACCGGUACUUACUACUUCAUGAAAUACGCCAUCGAAUUAGACAUGACGGGGACCGGAUGGGUUUUGGAUAUUUCGGUCAUGAUGUACGAACUAACGAUCGCACUCGGUUUGAGUCCUCUCGCCUAUAUGAUGUUGGGCGAAUUGUUUCCAACGAACGUUAAGGGUGUUGCGGUAAUGUUGGCCAACGUUUGGGCAUCCUCUUUGGCAUUUUUCGUCUCGAAGAUGUACCAAGUUAUCGCCGAUGCCUUCGGUGUCUACGUUUCAUUCUGGUGGUUUUCAAUCAGUUCGUUUAUCGGGGCGAUAUUCAUCGCUUUUGUGGUGCCUGAAACCAAGGGGAAAUCACUGUCGCAAAUACAGGAUGAAUUAAAUGGAAAAAAGGGGGAAAAGAAACGCAAGAUAACCGAGGUAAGCGUCAUCGGCGUUGUAUAAAUUCCACCGAAUCCAAAUGUUAUGUACGUCUAGUUUUUUACGACGACCAAACCGCGUUGCUCGAUAGGAAUUUCCGCGUCAUCGUCUUUAAUUCGUAAUUUUCUUUGUAUUUUUUUUGUUCAAAUUCUUUUCUCUGCUUACUCGAUCAGUGAACGUAAUACCCAUCGCGUUAUAUUAGAUCCCCAAGAUACGUAGAAGGUAUGAUUUUAUUUGGUUCUGACGGAAAUCGAGGCAACGGAAUUGGAAAAAAAUUGAAUUUGAAAAAUCGAGAACACGAUUUUUCUUUCCUUUCAAAUUACCAAAAAGAACAAUUUUGCCGUACCGACCAAAUUAAGUCAAACUGAUAUCAGAUAGAAAACAAUAUAUUAUAAGUUAGAAAGUAGGCAAACGUGAGAUUGUGAUCUAAUCACUCUUAAUUUUUAAGUAAUUACAUUCGAUGAAUUCUGAAGGGCCCCUAUAUUCCGCUGAAAAAUACGUAUACUGAAAAUACCGAACGCAUUUAAUUUCCCCUUUCUUUCUCGCUCUUUUUACUUUGUACUUUUCUGUUUUUUUUUUUCCAAUCAUUCCAAAAAGUUGCGUAUUUUUUCAGUGAAUAUACACAACACAAUAUCUCCUACGGGUUGACGUAUAUUGAUAUUAUAAAGAGGGUCCCUGCAUAGAGCAAUUUUGCAUGACCAUCUGAUGAUCCCUUUUAGGCAGGGUGUAACAAAUAUGACUGAAAAUAAUGAUAUGGAUAUAUUACGUUGAUAUGAAUGAAAUCAUAUCUAUGUUAUACAAUUUUUAUCUUAUCUCGGAAUCUGUACGAUAUCGGUUCGUUGAGCGUAACGUAUUUAUAUAGAUUUCAAUAUUUUACAACAUGCCAAACAUCGUUAGCUCCGAAAUAUUCUGAAACCGUAGAGUACGAUUCCAUGUACCUAACAAAAAUAACAUCUUUUUUCCCUUUUAAGCAGGGUGCAACAAACGACUGAUAAUUAUAAGGUAUUAUUAAUGUAAUGACGUAUGUAAUGUGCAUAUCGAAUCAAGCGUAAGAAUUUCAUAGGAAAAGAAAAAAAGGAAACAUCUAUUUCUCUAAAAUACCUGUUGAUCGAUUCCGAUUUUUGAAAUUCUUCACGCGGCCCUAUUGCAAGGCCUUACAGCAGAUUGUUGAGCAAUUUAGCAUGACUAACUUAAAUACUAGUCCCUUUUAGGCAGGGUUAAAUGACUAUAUAUUUGAUGUAAGAUUAUACGAAAGGCCCGUCUAUACCUUCCCCCCUCCUCCUCUUCCUCUCCACGGAAUUUACAUUCCAUUAUUAAUUAAAAAGAAAAAAAAGAAAUAAUAAUUAUGCAUUGCUGUAACGUGUCUAAUUAAUUGUACGUAGGAUUAUAAAUAAUAUACUCACUUUCCGCAUGUUAUAUACAAAUAUAUGUAUACGUAUACUAAACAUUUGCCAUGAAUAAUCGUGAAAAAUGAUCAGCGCCUGGUUUCAACCGCAAUCCAAACGUCGAAACUCCGUGUGACGAGUUGCAGAUAGCCAGCCAGGUACUACGGAGUUUGCUCCCCACGAAUAUUCACGGUGUUAUAUACUUGCGUAUGUAUCUGUAUGUCGUAUUUACGUACCUAUUGUACGUAUAAUAUUAUUAAUUAUAAGGUAACAACAUUGCACGACUCUCUACGACUGUGUCCCUUUUAGGCAGGGACUUGAUAUGAUACUAUUAAAGAAGGUGUAACUACUUCUGAAUUUUUACGAUGUAGAAGUUUGCAAUUUAUGCUAAUAUGUGUUAUACUGUUGUCAUACAUAUAUAUCGUAUCAUUUAUCAAUAAAACGGAAGCAAUUGACAAAAAAGAAUAAA